AUCAGCAAUUUAUACAACUGUAUAAAUUCCACAACUGUUUCUGCCUACCUAUCAAUAUUUUCCAAAUAAUGUAGGCACCACCACUCACACAGGAAGUAGUAUAUAUUUGCACUUGCUUCCUCGUUUGCACAACCCACAUGCAAUAAAAAUAAAUUAGCAAAGAAUCCAAGCCUUUUGUUGUAUUUUUAGUACUGUUUCACUCUCCUAGAAAUUAACUCCAUCAAAUUCUUAGAUCCGUCGUAAUUCAUGGCGGAGUGCAUAUUAGAGCAGCUCAAAUCCCAGCCCACAUGGCUGCUUCCGCUUCUAACACUCGGUGUUUUAUCACUUUUCAAAUGUUUAUUCUCCAUUCUGAAAUGGGUCUACGUGAAUUUCCUCCGGCCCGGGAAGAAUCUCAAGAAAUACGGAUCUUGGGCUCUGGUCACUGGCCCUACUGACGGAAUAGGCAAAGCCUUUGCUUUUCAGUUGGCCCGGAAAGGGCUGAACCUGAUUCUUGUGGGUCGGAACCCGGAUAAGCUCCGGGAAGUUUCGGACUCGAUCAAGUCCAAACACGGGUCAACACAAAUCAAGACAGUGGUGGUUGAUUUUUCGGGUGAUUUGAAUGAUGGUGUAGGAAGAAUUAAAGAGACAAUUGAAGGACUGGAUGUUGGGGUUUUGAUUAAUAAUGCUGGGAUUUCUUAUCCUUAUGCGAGGUUUUUCCAUGAGGUGGAUGAAAAUUUGUUGAAUGAUUUGAUUAAGGUUAAUGUUGAGGGUACUACAAAGGUUACUCAUGCUGUUUUACCUGGGAUGUUGAAUAGGAAAAAGGGGGCUAUUGUUAAUAUAGGGUCAGGUGCUGCCACUGUUAUACCUUCUGAUCCUCUUUAUGAUGUUUAUGCUGCCUCCAAAGCAUAUAUUGAUCAGUUCUCGAGAUGUCUCUAUGUGGAGUACAAGAAAAACGGGAUUGAUGUGCAGUGUCAGGUUCCCUUGUAUGUGGCAACAAAAAUGGCAUCCAUCAAACGUUCAUCCUUCUUCGUACCAUCUACAGAUGGUUAUGCUCGGGCUGCUCUUCGUUGGAUAGGCUAUGAACCGCGCUGCACGCCGUACUGGGCCCACUCUCUUCUCUGGGGUUUGCUGUAUUCCUUGCCAGAGUCAAUUGUCGAUGCUUGGCGUCUGAAGUUCUGCCUUGGAAUUAGGAAGAGAGGACAACUCAAGGACUCGAGGAAGAAGGAAUAGAAGCUUUGUUAUAAUCUCUCUGUGUGUGUGACCUUCUGCAAGGAUUUAUUCAUUCGAGGAUGAUGCCUGAGACAUGGGAAAUUCGAGGAAUUGAAUUCGAAACUGGAAAAAGUUUUAUCAUUUUACUGAUUUAAUGUACUUGUCUUGUUACGAAAUCAUAUAUGAGUUGGGGGGCAAAAAUUGCAUUUUUCUUUUAAACUUGUUUAAGCAUGCGAGUUUUCCUUUUGUUGUACGUCCUCGAGGCAAUUGAGGAUUAUUUGAUUUGGGGAAAAAAUGAAAAUCCAGGCCUGGGCCUGGCUCCAACCGGAACAUAAUAUGGUCAUUGACAUUGGCCAUAGACUAGCAUGGACUGGACCUGUCUGGAUUACAUGCCGUCCUGGUUAGCAGGCUGACUCUAGCAUGCUGCAAGUGGGCAAUUUUGUUCAGGUUAUACUCCUGAUGCCCUUUCAGGAGAGGUGGACUGGCGGAAUCUGCAUAAUCUAGGCAAAGCGUUGGAAAUCUUCUCUUCAUCUGAGCAGGGUGCAAUCGGUGUGCAAUAUUGCCCCUGUUGUUUUUGAAGUCACUGCUGGUCACUAGGAGGACCAGACAUUGGCUUUUAUAUACUUUUGGAGUAUUGAGAUGAAUAUUCACCCGUUGUUUGUGAGUCUUGACUACACCUAUCUUAUGCCCUGACUCACCUUUUGUGGCCAAAAACUUGUGUUCUCAGAGCUUUCUGAAGCAGCCAUUCUGAGUAUGGGAUGUUGAACGAGACUCGAAACACUAGUUAAAUAAAAUUUAUGAAUUCCUCUAAUGUAAGGCUGAAAAUCGAUCUAGAACAAUUAUGUAGAAACUAUUUGGAUCGAAAAAUCCAUGGAUUGGGUAUUAUUUCCGGCCGUUGACGAUAUUU